CCCCUUCUGUCUGGAUAAAACUAAGCAAACAAAAUGCUAAUGAAAGACAACAACCUCGUACGCCUUCUCUCGCGUUCUUCCUUAGCAGCGUUGCAGUCUCUCCAGAUCUAUCAGCCCAGUGGAGUCAGAAGGAAGCAGUGGCAGAACUAAAUGGAGAGGCCAUCAUGGGUCUGCACCGUCUUCACUCAGUUGUUCCUCUGCGUCGCCCUCUACGUCGCCUUGAACUUGGGCCAGCCUCGGAAUCUCGGUAGCAAUCGUCAACCGGCAGGGAGUGGCAGAAUCAGAGGUGGCGCCAAUGUGGUUCUUGAUUUCCACUUCGUCACUGUCAGGGGCGGCGGCUUCAGGCCUCCCCUCCAGCAGGCCCGUCUUCUCAAACUGAUGGAGAAGGUAUCCAAGACCUUUAAUGCAAAGUUCGUGAUCAACAUCAGCGAACUUGGGGAGGAUGAUCCACUUAUGCAGAACGGUACUCAAAAUUUGGCAAUGCUAAAAGUUCCAUGGUAUACUACUGCUAAAGCUUCAAAUGGAAGUAAGGGUUGCUUUCACGAGCAAAUCAAACUGCCCUUCGGAAAAACUUUAGACAUCAUUGGUAUCGAUACUUACUUGUCAGUGGAUCCUGAGUCCAUGGGAUCAUCAAAUGUCCUUGGAGAUGAGCAGCAUAGAUGGAUUACGAGAACACUGGAAGCAAUCAGGGGUGAUUGGAGCAUAGUUGUGGGCUUUCAUCCAUUAAUUUCUUGUAACGAGAACAAGGAACAGGCAGAAGAAAACAGAGAUCCCAUACAUUUACAUGAUUUGUUAGCGAAAUUUGGAGUGAAUAUGUACUUGAGCGGAUUGGAUUGCACAUGUUCUAACUGCCAAGGCGGCUUAGCUUACUUUGAGAAUCCUAGUUUAGCGUCAAAGAAACAAGAAGCUGCCUCUUCAUAUGGAAGAUCAUCAAUCUUGUCAAGAGAAGUUGUUUUGCUUCUUCACAGAGUCACACGACUUAAGAUUGUGACAUACUUCGUUAAUGUAGACGGUGAAAUCGUUCAUCGAACUAUUCUGAGACAGCAGGGGAAGGAGGUCAUGUAAGUCUUUUUUCAUUGAUCAGACCAGCUCGUUGGCCUACUUUGCUUAAGCUACUCGCAAUUCUUUCUGUGGACAUACGAAUUUUUGUUUUUGUGGCCAAGUCCCAUUUUUUUCAUUGCAUAUAAGAUCGUUUCUUUGGGUUAUUUUGGGCUAUCUUUUGGAUAAAUUGGUCUUCUUUGCGAUAUCUUGUUGUAACUAAGAAACACUGGCUUGUUCAGCGAUGUAAUGAUGAGAUUCCAUUUUUGUACCAGUCAACAUCUUAAUACAAGUCAGAUUUGUUAGUGGUGUA